GGAGUUGUAGUCUCCUGCCCUUCGGAUCCACCGGCAACCUCAGUGUGUGAACUCUGUUAACCAGAAAGCCUCGCACGGUCGCCGCCGUAGCGGAAUUCCUCUGUUAAUCGUUCUCUCCCGCUAUUAGCGGAACCUGUUGGUGUGGCCCACAAGGCUCACGAGGUAAGUUGCUUAGCAAGGAGAGCUUCGGUCAACUGCCACCUUGGCCACGGCGACAGGAAAUUGGUCGCUACCCCUAGGCCCCCCGUCAUGCCUCACAUCGACAUCGACGUCAAAUUGGACUUUAAGGAUGUCCUGUUGAGGCCCAAACGCAGUACCCUUAAGUCUCGAAGUGAGGUGGAUCUCACAAGAUCCUUUGUGUUUAGAAACUCAAAGCAGAUAUACACUGGGAUCCCCAUCAUUGCUGCCAAUAUGGAUACUGUGGGCACCUUUGAGAUGGCUAAGGUUCUCUGUAAGUUUUCCCUCUUCACUGCUGUCCAUAAACACUACAGCCUCGAGCAGUGGAAAGAGUUUGCUAGCCAGAAUCCUGACUGUCUUGAGCAUUUGGCUGCCAGCUCAGGCACAGGCUCUUCUGACUUUGAGCAGCUGGGACAGAUCCUGGAAGCUAUCCCCCAGGUGAAAUAUAUAUGCCUGGAUGUGGCAAAUGGCUACUCUGAACACUUCGUUGAAUUUGUAAAGGAUGUGCGGAAGUGCUUCCCUGAACACACCAUCAUGGCAGGGAAUGUGGUAACAGGAGAGAUGGUGGAAGAGCUGAUCCUCUCUGGGGCUGACAUCAUCAAAGUGGGAAUUGGACCAGGCUCUGUGUGUACCACCCGGAAAAAAACUGGAGUGGGGUAUCCGCAGCUCAGUGCAGUGAUGGAGUGUGCAGAUGCUGCUCAUGGCCUCAAAGGCCACAUCAUUUCAGAUGGAGGCUGCAGCUGUUCUGGAGAUGUGGCCAAGGCUUUCGGGGCAGGAGCUGACUUCGUGAUGCUGGGUGGCAUGCUGGCUGGGCACAGUGAGUCAGGUGGUGAGCUCAUCGAGAGGGAUGGCAAGAAGUACAAGCUCUUCUAUGGAAUGAGUUCUGAAAUGGCCAUGAAGAAGUAUGCUGGGGGUGUGGCUGAGUACAGGGCCUCAGAGGGUAAGAUGGUAGAGGUGCCCUUCAAAGGGGAUGUGGAACAUACCAUCCGAGACAUCCUUGGAGGCAUCCGCUCCACAUGUACCUACGUGGGAGCAGCUAAGCUGAAGGAGCUGAGCCGGAGAACUACCUUCAUCCGUGUCACCCAGCAGGUGAAUCCAAUUUUCAGUGACGCGAGCUAGGCCUGAGCAGUUCUGCCCGCCCAAGGCACCAGCACCCUGCGACAGGGCCUCUCAAGCAGGCUCCUCCCCCAUUCCAGCUACUAUGACUAUUAUUUGGUCACUUCCUGUCGUCUCACCCCUGAGAGCUCCUGCAGUAAUUCUGUUACUUCCCUAUCUGCACACACAAAAUGCCCAGGGCACUCACUGGGGAGGAAGCAAGGAAGGCAAGCUAAGAAAAUGAAGAUAAUCAAAUGAGAAUCUGGGGACCCCGCUCUUGAAGAUUAUUAAAAGAAAAAGAUGCUGAUUCAUACAUAAGUUUUCAACGAGUAUAUGGCCGUGGUUUGGAAGAGGUAGGCUUUUAGAAUCAUGUUUUGUUAAUCAGCUUUAUUAAAUACGAUCUUUGAAUAUAUAAAAAGCUCUGAAGAAGUGUUUACACAUUUUUUUUUUUUAGCUGAGCCAUCCUGCCAUCUAUCUGU